AUGAACAAUAUCGGCAUCUCUGAUUUAGACGAGUCUGCUGAGACUAGACCGACACAACCUAGUGGAGGAUCCGAAGACGAGCGUGUAUACGAGGAGCAGAGCUCGAUAGAAAUAGGCGAGAUCACGUCACCCCGCUUUACUGGUACUGAGCAGUUCGGAGAUGACGUUAUCGAAGGAUACAAUAAUAACAGCUCUCUACCAGCUCUGGAUAACCAAGAGUCCUACUUGAACCUUAAUUCAAACUCAAACCGGGACAUUGAUACUCAGAGGGCAAGUCAUAUCACAAGUCACAACCAGGGUCGAAAUGUAGCAAGCACGGAUUCUGCCGGGAUUUACAGGAGUCCUACCAACCUCACUUCUGACGACACACCUGUGGAUCAGGAUAUUUCAAGCCCCAUUCAAUCUAGUGGUCCUGUUUCUGAGUCGACUUACACUACCGCCAACUAUAUAAAGAGUGCCAUCGAGUCUAAUAAUAGCACCCCAUCCAGUAGCGCACCUAACACAGCUCUACCGACACCAUCACCUACACCUACCCCAUCGCUGACUCCAUCACCAAAACCCAUUGUACCAGCUGUUGACAAUGAUAAUCCAGGCAUAGACACUGGUGCAGCCCUUCCAACGGCGCCUGUUAGUUCUGGUACAGGAGCGUCAAGCACAGGUGCUACUGAAACAGUAGCACGUAGGCGACGGAAAAGCAGUACCACUAAAUCAGGAUCUAAAUCGCAUUCCCGCAACUCAUCAUCGAUCUCCAGUAUAUCGGCUGAACCCAUUCCACCAAACAAUCCCACUCAAAUAUUCCGCAACCUAUUGAUAAUGGAAGAAUCUUUCCGAGAUCAAUACAUAGCCCUACGAAGAACACGGAGAAAGAAUGUCAUUUUCUUUUCAUUUUUAAUGACAGCAGCUGUGUAUUUUACAUAUUCUGUGUUUGUUGAGCCAUCGAUAUACCGAGCUGUUAGCUUUUUUGACCGACUUAUGUUUCUUGUUAGUAUUAUUUCAGUUGGCCUGUUUUAUUUGACUGGACUUUAUAACCAGGCCUUUGUCCUAGCACCAAAGUUUGUCCACAAUGCCAAUAAAGGUAUUCGAGCGUUCAACAUAAAGCUCGUAGUAGUCAAACCUACCUGGACAGAGUCUGUUAUUCGCUUGUUAUGGGAUCCAGUUUACACUGCGAAGAAGGGCGGUCUAAUAAAACUAAUAUUGUCUUCGCGGGUCUUUACAACAGAUACUAUUGAGACGUGGGACCUGUAUCGCGAACGAUACUGGCUGAAAGAAAAUGAACGUGCACGCCGAAGAGUACAGAACCAAACAUUAUCCACAUCAACACCGGCAGCUGCCGCGUCGGGACUCGGUCGUAAGAAGAACACGACUGUGUCAUCAGACGGCUCAACGGCCUUGCCACGGCGGUCUCGAUUACGAAAUACUGCUAAAACGGCAAGCUCGCAUCUUACAGUCUCCACUGGAGUCCCCUCUGCUCCGUCUGCUAUCUAA